ACGAAACUACAAUAAAUAAAUGUAAGGGGUACACAUAUGCUUUGAUUUCGAUGUUUGAUAUUUGUUUCAUGGUAAUCUGAAAUUCUUGUAGAGGAGGCACAGUGUGAAUGAUGCUGAACAUAAUAAUCGUAUCAUACUUACUAGUUCUCUAUAAGAUUGCGAUAAUAGAGGCAUCUUCCUGCUCGGAGUCUUAUACAACAAUAUCUUAUGUCAAAUCAUGCCCCAAAUCAGAGGUGGAAUGGACUCAGAGAGACGGUGCAUUCAACUGCGGACGAUAUAAACAUAAAUGCCAAAGUUUUGUUUACCACUGUACAUUAAAUGAAUUUGCAAACGCAACAUUAGAGGUUUGUGCCCCGGAUGUUUCCAUAUUAGGUCAAAGAUGUAUGGAGUAUAAUAUUGGUGGGAAUAUUAUCCAAGAUGCUCAAGGAAGGAAUUGUAAAUCGUGUCCUUUUUCCUACUCCUCUACAACGGCCUACAAGUAUCAAGAAUGUUAUGCUGUAGUGAAACGAAAUACAACCUCUAGUGAAGGGCAGGCCGAUGAAUGCAUUAAUACACCUUGGAGUAUAGUCAGUGUUGUAUCCUUGUGUCUGAAUGGGAUUCUUGUCAUCUUAAUUGCAGUUAUUACUAUUUACAUGAAAAGAAGGCUGAGGCUACAAUCAAGGAGGAAGACUCCAUUAGAUAAUACAAAUCACGAAGAUGUUCCUUUAAUUACACUAUCGGCAGCUAAGGGUACAGUGAAACUUGAAGAUUCGGGUAAAGAUAAAUCCAAUAUAAAAGAAGAAAGAGCGGAAUCCUCCUCACAAAAGACAGAAAAGGAUGCAAAGCAUGAAGAUUAUUCUUUGCUUUAUAUGCGAUCUACAGAUAAGGAUUCAGCGAAGAAGCCUGUAGAGUCAGGGAACCACUUUUGGGUUUCUUCAAUCGAUAUUGGAGACAAAUAUUGUGGCAUGGCUUACUUCAAUCCAAAAUCAGAGAAGAUAGAAGCAGUGGGAAAAGUAGAAAAAAUCUCUGUUCUAUUGACAAAAGACGGAGAAUUGAAGCACUUUGGAAAACUUGCACGAGAGAUGUAUAUUUUAGAAGAUCAUAGUCUGAAGAAUUGUGUACUUAUUGAUGAGCUAAAAAUAACUGAGGGAACGAUUACAGUUGGAAAACAUAAAUUUAAAACAAUAGAGAUUUACCAGAAACUUAUUGUCCAUUUACUUGGGAGAAUUCGUGGAGAAAUAGAUAAGGUUAAGCCCAGUGAAUCGAAAGGAAAAUCUGAGCUUGACAUACAUUAUGUGUUCACUGUCCCUGUUCACUGGAAAGAAAAUAUGAAGGUCUUUAAAGAUGCAAUACUUAAGGCCGAGAUAGCUCCUGGUGAAACAAUAAAUAAAGAGAAACUACAUUUGAAAUUCAGACGAGUAGCAAUCUCCCCAUUUAUUCAUGGAGUCAAGGCAAAGAUGCUAUGUUUAAAUUUCAACGUUGACUUUUUGUCAUUCAGGCAAAAUACAACAUAUGCACUUCUACAUGUCGGCUCAACUUAUUGCAACUUAUUGUUCCUACAAGUUGAUGACUUAAGAAAACCGGAUACAAUUUUGAGUAGACCAUUCAGAGAAAAGUGGACCCUAUCACCAGAGGAAAAUUUUUUGUCGAUCUUCGAAGAUAUUUUCACACCAACCGCUGUUGAGCAAUGGAAAAAAAAUUGCCACAGAGAGUAUAUCUCAUUGCUUUACGAAUUUGAAAAACACAAAGCCAGAAUGUAUGAAAACAGUAUUGACGAUUUCUCAGACAAUCAACAAUUUGAAUUUGAACUAUCAACAAAACUCUGUGAUUUCAGUAAAAAACAUUUCGAUGCCAGUUAUGAAGAAAUUAUGGAAGACGCGAAGAAAUGCAAAAAAAUGACACUAAGCAUAAAAGAAGGCAAGUGUACAUUAAGUAUAACGUGGUCCAAACUAAGGGAAUGUUACCAGGAAGUAAUAGAAAAAACAAAACAAGUGAUACAUUUAAUCAAAAAGAGGUUUCUUGUGUUUUUAUGACAGGAAGACACUCUCAAAUGAAGAUAGUUCAAAACGAGGCUGAGAAUGACUGGUUUACGGAACAGCGCGUUAUGGUAGUGAUUCCAAUGAAUACUGGAUCAACAUUUGCAAUAGGGGCUGCUUAUUACAUGAACAAAUUUCCCGAUUGGGCAAAAUUCGAAGAAGAAUAUGGUGUUUAGUGAGAGAAGGCAGCAUAAUUGUAUUUAUUCAUCAUUGAUUGAUUUAUUGAUUGUAUGUUUUUAACGUCCCGCUUUAUAAACUACUGAACUAAUUAAAGAAGAUCAAACAAAACUUUUUUUUUUUAUCUCACAUGUCUUUCUAA